AAUAGUAUGUAUGAUAAAUACCUUUGAAAGUACUGCAGCAAUGUUUUAUCUGAAGUUGAAUGCGCUGAAGAAAAAUUUUUCAAAAGUAGUUAUGUUGUGUCAACGUAAAAAUCAUAUUUUUGGUGUAGAAACGCAGGGUGGAAUCUAUGAAUUAAAACCUGCCAGUGAAUCUAGAGCAGGUUGUUGUCUAAGUGGUUUUCCAUUACACAGCAAGUCCUUUUUAGUAAUACAUCCAAAUUCACUGUUUGACACAGAAAAAAAUUUAUUAAAGUUGGAAUCUUUAGUUUGCUCAUUUAAAGAUCCUAUUUAUAAAGGUUAUGUGCAAACUCAGGGUAAUUUUCAACGUUCAUUAGUGGUCAAUGAGGAUGCUCUCAUACCUGAAAACUUUGCUCAUCAUUUGUUUCAUUGGGUUGGCGAAAAAAUGUUCAUUAAAUCAAGUGACGAAGCAAUUAAUGGAUUAGAGUUUAUGAUAGAGAAGUUUGAAGGUUACCAUCCUGUAUUUGAUUCUCAGAACAACCCUGUUUUUAAUUCUUUUGAGAAGACACUUAGAGUUUUGAAUCAGGUUGGAAAUGAAGAUUUGCUAAAGUUUUCAAAACAUGUUUAUUUGGGUAAUCCAAGCAAUUUAAAACACCCUUUUAUAGUUGUUGAGGGGCUGGAUGGGACAGGUAAAUCUACAAUGACAAAAAACUUAGCAAAACAUUUAAACGGUGUUGCAUUAAGAACUCCCCCUGAUGAAAUUGCUUCAUUUAAAAAAAUGUUUAAUCCACUCCCAGAAAUGCUUAGAAGAUCUUUCUACUCCUUUAGUAACUAUGUUGCUGCACAGCAGAUAUAUAACACAUUGCAAACACAACCUGUUGUCUUGGAUAGAUUUUGGCACAGUACAACAUCUUAUGCAAUAGCAAAAGAAUCAACUUGUAGUUGUUCAUUACCACCAAAAUGCCAUUCUGUAUAUUUGUGGCCUUCUGAUUUAAUUCGUCCAAGUGCAGUUGUAUUUCUUACUACUCCUGAAGUAGAUAGAGAUACACGAGUAAAUAUAAGACAAGAAAUUACAAGUGAAGAACAGUUAAUUAGCAAAAGCACACAGCUAAGAGAAAGAAUUAAAGAAGCAUACAGACGAAUUGGUUAUGAAAAAUGGGUAGAGGUUGAUACAAUGGGUUCAGAGCAAGAAAGUUUACAGAAAGCAGUUUUAGGACUUCAAAGUAUUUGUGCUAUAUAAAUAUAUUAUUUUCCAAAUUUUAAACAAAAAUAACUUUUGUUUGUUAA